UCCUUUUGCUUGAAAGAAGUUCAGACGACAACCCCCAAGUUGGAACUUGCUCUGCCUCGCUCGCGCAUUUCGUCGAACACCAUGUCGUCGUCCGACGCCGCCGCCGCCGCCCCGCCCGACGACGACGCCAAGCUCCAGUGCUUCCUGCAAUGGCUCCAGGCCAACGGCGCCGACCUCCGCGGUUGCACGAUCCGCGCCUGCGGCCGCAAGGGCUUCGGCGUCUACGCCACCGCCCCCGACGCAGCCGCCGCCGACGGGGUGGUGAUGGCGGUGCCGCUGGACCUCGCCGUCACCCCGAUGCGGGUGCUACAGGACCCGCUCGUUGGCCCGCGGUGCCGCGCGCUCUUCGAGGACGGCGGCGUCGACGACCGCCUCCUCGUCAUGCUCUUCCUCAUGGCCGAGCGCCUCCGCCCCACCUCCCUCUGGAAGCCGUACUUGGAUGUGCUCCCGAGCACCUUCGGGAGCUCCGUGUGGUUCGACGACGAGGAGCUCGCCGAGGUGGAAGGGACGACGCUGCACCGUGCGACCGUCAUGCAGAAAAAGUCACUACAAGCAUUGUUCAAUGAUAAGGUGAAAGCUCUGGUCGAGGAGCUUCUACAUAUCGAUGAAGCAGGAAGCUCAAUUGAAGUGCGGUUUGAGGACUUCCUUUGGGCAAACUCGAUUUUCUGGACUCGAGCGCUCAACAUCCCAUUGCCUCAUUCAUACGUUUUUCCGGGCUCACUUGAUGGACAGCAGAUCAGAACUGGGGAAGUUUUGGGUGAUUCUGAUCUCACCACCCAACAGGAAACUGACACUACAACAAAGAAUAGUAGCUGCGACGAGAAUUCUGAAUCUCAUAAUAUGGAGUCAAUAUGGGUCGAGGGCCUCGUGCCAGGAAUCGAUUUCUGUAACCAUAAUGUAAAGGCUCUGGCGACAUGGGAAGUUGAUUCGGAGGGAAAUUUAACAGGAAUUCCUGCUUCAAUGUACCUCAUACUUGCGCAAGCUGGUAAAAGCUCUGUUGAGACUGGGACAGAGAUCUACAUAAAUUAUGGCAACAAAGGAAAUGAGGAACUGCUAUACCUAUAUGGAUUUGUGGUUGACAACAAUCCAGAUGAUUAUCUCAUGGUUCAUUAUCCAGUAGAAGCUCUUAGACAGCUUCAGUCUGCUGACAUUAAAAUGAAGCUAAUUGAGAUGCAGAAGGCUGAAUUGAGAUGUCUUCUACCUACAAGUUUGCUUGAUAGGGGAUUUUUCGGAACCAGUACCAGUUCUGGUGAAGAUGAUGAUAACAAGAAAAAGCAUUUUUCUAGUUACAGUUGGAGUGGUCAACGCAAAGUUCCAUCAUAUCUCCAAAAAAAUGUUUUCCCUCAAGAAUUUUUAAGUACUCUUCGCACAAUUGCCAUGCAAGAACAUGAACUUGAACAGGUUGCUUCCCUGCUUGGAGAGGUUGGGUCUAGUGAGGAUGGAGAACCAUCUGAUGCAGAGAUCAAAAGCGCUAUAUGGGAGGUGUGCGGUGAUAAUGGAGCGCUAGGAUUGCUUGUGGAUCUUCUUAGGGUGAAAAUGGCUGAACUUGAAGAAGGCACUGGAACAGAAGCAUCUGACAGUCAACUGCUGGAGAAAUUUGAUUCCAAUGAUCCAGACGACUCCUCGAGUGCAACCGUCGAGAGCAUCGAAGCGACGAAGUCAAGAGUGAACAGAAGGUCGUGUAUAGUGUACCGUAGAGGGCAGAAGCAGCUGACGAGGAUGUUCCUCAGGGAGGCGGAACGUCUUCUGGAGCUGUCCGCGGAGGAGCAGAUAUAGAGACUUUGCUUACCUGGUACAACAUGUGUUGGUAGCGACACAUCUCUAACAAGACUUGUGUUGAUCCGCUUUGGAGAAAUAUAUUUGCUCCACCCAAACUUUGGACAAAUAUUGUCAUCCUUGUAUUGGGUUUUUUCAGACUUAAAAAUAGGAUCACACUCACACAAGGAAAGUGUGCACUAAAUACAAUCAGUAUGCCAAUAUAUACAUAGAACGCGACAGCUGCCCAUCAAGCUCACUUUAUUUAGUCUGAUAAUA